UCUUUCUUUCUUUCUUUCUUUCUUUCUUUCUUUCUUUCUUCACCUCUCUCCAUCUCUUUCCACCUCUGUCCCCUAUCUCCACCUCUCUCCAUCUCCCUCCGUGUCUCUCUCCUCUGCCUGGCUCCACCACCCCAGUCCCAUGAUGUCCGUUCUGUCCCGGCUGCGCUCCCCGCGGCUCACCUUCCUGAUGACGCUGCUCUCCCUGGGGACGGGCAUCAUGGCCGUCCUCUCGCCCUUCUGGGUGGAGGGCUGCAUGAAGAAGCCCAAGCCUUUCUGCACGCCCGUCAAGCAGCUGCGCUGCAUCAAGGUGGAGGACCCCAGCAACGGCUCCAGCAACGCCCAGUUCUCCUGGGAGACCGGCGACGACAGCUUCGUCUUCCCCACCUUCCACUGGGGGCUCUGGAUCAGCUGCCAGGAGAACAUCAAGCUGGACAACGGAGAGGUGUGUCGUCACACCAUGAACCUGACUCCAGGAUCUGAGAGAGGCAUCCUGUGGUUAUCGGUGGCCAUGGAGAGCAUGUAUAUCGGGCUGCUGCUCCUCAGCUGUCUGCUGCUGCUGCUCCAGUUGUGUCUGUCCUCCUGGUGUCCCGCCGCUCACCGCUGGGGGCAGCUGCUCAAUGCUUACUCCGCACUUUUCACCGUGCUGGGAGGGCUGCUUGGUAUGGUGGCGCACAUGAUGUUUAUGCAGGUUUUCCAAGUCACUAUUUCCAUCGGGCCUGAGGACUUCAAACCGCACAGCUACGGCUAUUCCUGGGCUUUCUAUAUAGCAUGGCUGGGCUUCCUCUUCUGCAUGUCUACUGGCAUCUCCACCCUCAACAACUACACCAAGAAGGUGAUUAUGCGCGGCCCCAAGCACAAGACCACGCCGGCCGUCUACCCCUGCCGCAACUUCACCUUCCCCCCGCAGCCCCCCAAGUCCGCCGCCUCCGCCAAGAGCGCCCUCUACCACAGCCUCCCUCCCCCGCCCGCCGUGCCGCCUCCGUCGCCCCCCUCCCCCUGCCCCUGCCCCUCCCCACCCCUGUCGCCGCUCUCCCCGUACUACACCACCUCCUCUGGGGACGUGCUGACCGUGGUGCUCCCCGUGCACCAGCAGCGGGAGCUGGAGCUGCAGAUGCAUCAUGUCGGGCCAGGGCUACACCAUGCAGUACUCAGAGGAGGACUACAACCCCCUCUGACUGCACAGGAGAAGACGCCUGCAACCUCUCACAUCAGGGAAGCUAUAAGGGGGGCAAUCAUGUCGGGCCAGUGCUACGCCAUAGCGUACUCAGAGGAGGAGUACAGCCUGGACCCUCUCACAUUCACAACCACUGCCCCCUACUCACAGUUGAGCAGCCUGCUCACAACACAGCUACCGCCAGCCUGGACUGCAUACAAUGCCGUACAGAAAGCCAUCGCAGCAGCAAAGGGGAACACAGCCCAGACAUUCAGGCCCACCACGUCCUUGCUCCAGCCAAUUUAUCCAUACAGCUGA